CACAGCCUGUCUACAGACCUCACCUCCCAUUCACUAAUCCUCCAACCCAUCCCCCAACCCGAUCCCCAACCCCGAUAAUCAACCCACCAACCAAAAAUAAACCAUAGUUAUAUACAAACCAACCUAUAGAUUCAACAUGACAGAAAUUCACAUCCACCCCGCAACCGAACCCGACGCCACCACCCUAGCCACAAUCUUCACAACAAGCUUCACCACCGACCUCGACCUCGCCAUGUUCCCGCCCACCCCCGCCGUCCACACCUGGUGGACCCGCGUUUUCACAGCCGACAUCACACGCACCCCCAGCACACGAGUCUUCAAGGCCGUCGACGACGCCACGGGCGAGGUAGCCGGGUACGCCGUGUGGGCGCUACCGGGGUGCGCGCACGCGGGGGAUGACGAGAUGCCGCCGUUCCCGGCUGAGUGUGAUGCGGGACUGUGCGAGAGGUUUUUUGGCGCGAUGGAUGAGAUGAUGGAUGUUGUGAUGGGUGGAGUGGAGGGGUUUUAUUAUUUGAAAAUGCUGGCUACGCGGCCGGAGUACCGUGGACAGGGGAUAGCGUCGCGGCUGCUGCGGUGGGGUAUGGAGAGGGCAGAGGAAGAGAAGGUGCCUGUGUUUUUGAGCAGUUCGCCUGCUGGGAAGAGCGUGUAUGAGCGGGCGGGGUUUGAGGAGAAGGCGAUGAAGGUGCUUGAUGGGGGGUAUCAGCAGAGGUAUUUUGUUUGGAGGCCGGAUGGGUGUUGAGUGUCUAUACAUAUAUGUAUGCUUAUUAUACGGUAGGAAAAUGACGUUGAUUUCGCUAGAUGCUUUG